AUGGGAAAGAUCACCUUCUACGAGGACCGGGGCUUCCAGGGCCGCUGCUAUGAGUGCAGCAGCGACUGCCCCAACCUGCAGCCCUACUUCAGCCGCUGCAACUCCAUCCGCGUGGACAGCGGCUGCUGGAUGCUCUAUGAGCGCCCCAACUACCAGGGCCACCAGUACUUCCUGCGGCGGGGCGAGUACCCCGACUACCAGCAGUGGAUGGGCCUCAGCGACUCCAUCCGCUCCUGCCGCCUCAUCCCCCAAGUAAGUCACUCUGGCACUUUCAGAAUAAGAAUCUACGAGAGAGAUGACUUCAGGGGACAAAUGUCAGAGAUCACAGACGACUGUCUGUCUCUUCAGGACCGCUUCCACCUCAAUGAAAUCCACUCCCUCAACGUGCUGGAGGGCUGCUGGGUGCUCUAUGAGCUGCCCAGCUACCGGGGCAGGCAGUACCUGCUGAGGCCAGGGGAGUAUAGGAGAUACCUCGACUGGGGGGCCACGAAUGCCAAAGUUGGUUCUUUCAGACGAGUCAUGGAUCUUUACUGA